UGUCAUUUAGGAUAGUGAUUUCUCCAAAUCGAAAGCCCUGAUUUCUAAAAUCCUCUCUUCACGAAAACAUAAUGAAUCAUCUUCUUCCUCUGUCUGAGAUGAUAGUUGUGACUCUGUGAAGAAUAGUAACUUGGGAAGAUGAGUGAAAUCGAUGGUUUGAGGAUGGACAUUGGUUCUGGUGGUUUAAUGUCAUACAAAAGAGGGAAGUUCUCGUACUCGGGUGGUUUUGUCAGAGAUUUGUUCAUCCAACCAGAUCUUCUUACAUGGUCGAUUUUCGAGGAUUUCAUUGCAGACAGAGGAAUCAAGAGUAAGGUGGAGCAGGUUUGGUAUAAGAUAGUCAAUGAAGAUAUAUCUACGGCAAGAUCAAUAUAUAAAAACAAAGAUGCUGAGAUUAGGAAGUUGUGUGAAGAAACUAAAGUUCUUAGUGAAGUUGAUUUCUACAUUGUCAAUGAAGAGAAAAAAUGAUGAUGGAGAGAAGAGUGAAGAUGAAAACAGAAAGGAAGUCAGUGAUGGAGAAGAAACAAAUGAGAAUGAAAUGAAUGAUUUCUAGCUUAAGUCCUUUUUCUUUUGUAGAUCAAACACGUAGAGAUGCUGUUUUUGAAUUUGUCUUUUGUUUCAAAACUCUUGUUUUCAUGCUUUAUAUUCGGAUGUUCACUUUUAAUGUUUGUUUUUUGUUUACAGUUACUUUGUCUU